CACGUGAUCGCAAAAUGGCGUCGUUUGCGAAUUUUAUUUUCAUUUGUUACUUGCUUGCACUUUUCGCUUAAAACAUAACGCAGCAAUGAAAGGGGCACGAUUUAUCAACAAACAACCGCUAUUGUGCAAAGAUCGAAAACUACCACCCUAUAAUCGUACAGACUGAAGGGCCAUUGUCGAAACAACAAGAAGUCGCUACUGAAUUCAGAUACCUGAGACCAGACAUAGUACUCUGGUAGAUCAAAAUCAUGAAUAAUUACGGCAAGACAAUGGACAGUUCUCACAUGUCCCUCAGACUCAAAUCACCUCCAAAAGAAACACAGAAAAAUGAUGCAGCUGAUCUCUUUAUGAACUUCGCCAACCUGUCGCCCACAACUCAAAAAAAUCUCAACCUGAUAAUAAAAAGUCUGUCAACAGGAGAAGCUCGUGUGGAAGAUCGCUAUGGCAAACCACACAUUGAAUAUAAAGGUGUGAGCCAACUCCACUGGGAUGCAUCUAAUGCCAACACCCUGGCUGUGCCGAAGUCUGACCUUGACCUUCAUACGAAGGUGGAGGCAUGUCUGGAACUCUUGGACUUCCACAAGAACUACAAGAAACCUUCAGGGGUCGUCGUGGAUAAGAGUCACAUCUCCCUGUCCCCAAGCAAACUUUACCGUGAAUUGAAGGAGUUUGAGAAAUUGAAGCAGACGCUUGGGAAGGGGAAUUCUGGAGUUGGUGACAUUGUAGUUCUCAAGGACAUAAAAACUGGCCAAAAACAUGCUCAGAAAACGAUAAUGAUCUCUACUUUUCGUGGUGAUGAGGUGCGAUGCUGGAUGGACCUGAACGACACUGGCCACGUUCCUCACAUGUACAUGUUUAGAAUUGUUGACAACAAGGUGGAGAUACACAUGGAAAUACUCCAAUCUGCUAAGACGUUCAGCAGCAUCAUAAAUGAGCACAUGGCAAGGCUUCGAGUGCCCGAGUUCAGACAUCUGGUAAAACCCUUCUCACUCUAUGUGUUGGAUGGGGCUAUAGAGGCAAUCAGCAGCAUGCAUGGGAGAGGAUGGACACAUAACGAUAUGCACAGUGGAAACAUGAUGUUGGAUAGUAAGCUGAAAGUAAAGGUCAUUGAUUUCGGACUGGCACGCAGUAUAAGGGACAUGGACAGUAUUCUACAGGUUCGCAACUUUCAGCAGGAUAUCGGAAACGUGCUUCGAAUUUUCAGCGGGUUGUAUACGUCCCAAGAGUACACGAGUGUUUGGGACAUGCAGAAUAGUUAUGAAGAAAUUGAACAUACAGAAGGUUACAUGGGCCUAAGUCAUACUGAUCGAAUCGAGUUGUUUAACCUGAUUGAUGCAGCUCUAAAGAUCACCCAUCCCAGUGAGGUCGGGGGGUACAGGACAAUGGUCAAAGAAAGCCUUGGAAACGCCCAGUCUGAUUCUGGCCUAACGGCUGAUCAGCUGAGGAAGAAGGCAGCAGCCCUGCUGUUUCCAGAGACCUUCCAGACAGUUCACAAGUACCAGGAUGAAGAUGAAGCUGAUGUUGCUGACGGUAUAACAGCCGCGGGUGCUGCAGAUAGUUUUGACUGUGAUGGAGCCUUGGACAUCAGCGAUGAGCAGAUAGAGGAGCUACGAAACAAGUUUGGCAUCGCUGUGGUGAAGUAAGAGUCCUGAGAUCUGCAUAGCUAAGCAUAAUAGAGUGAUGUUGGGUAUAUACUGGAAUCCCCCUGUCGGUAAGUUGGUAUGUUCGUCCGUUGGUUGAUACAUUUGUGUAGGUGAUCUGUCAUGCUGCACAUGCAUACUUUUUGUGGCAUACUGGUCUCUUAGUUUUCUGCCUAUCAGGAUGAAACUUUUUAGAUAAAAUUAUGGAAUGGGUUUUCACAAUAAUGAGCAGAUAAUCACUGUUAUCAUCACUCUGAGUAUAAUGAUACUAGCAGAUAAUCACUGUUAUCAUCACUCUGAGUAUAAUGAUACGAGCAGAUAAUCACUGUUAUCAUCACUCUGAGUAUAAUGAUACUAGCAGAUAAUCACUGUUAUCAUCACUCUGAGUGUAAUGAUACGAGCAGAUAAUCACUGUUAUCAUCACUCUGAAUAUAAUGAUACGAGCAGAUAAUCACUGUUAUCAGUGUACUUGAGUUAAUGCCCCUGGUUUGUUUGUUUUUGUUAACCAGGUUUUCCGAAGGAAAAAACUGGUUAUUAGAUUGGCGAAUGCUGGCGGGCGGGUGGAACAAGCUUGUCCGGGCCAUAACUAUGUCGUUCAUUGUCAGAUUUUAAAAUCAUUUGGCACAUUUGUUCACCAUCAUUGGACGGUGUGUCGCGCGAAAUAAUUACGUCGAUAUCUCCAAGGUCAAGGUCACACUUUGAGUUCAAAGGUCAAAAAUGGCCAUAAAUGAGCUUGUCCUGGCCAUAACUAUGUCGUUCAUUGUGAGAUUUUAAAAUCAUUUGGCACAUUUGUUCACCAUCAUGGGACGGUGUGUCGCACGAAAGAAUCACGUCAAUAUCUCCAAUGUCAAGGUCGCCACGACUAAAAAUAGAUUUUUUUUUAAAACAAACUUACAAAGGGGGUUAAUUUUGUUUGUUCAUUUCAAAAGUUCAGUUUGAGUUUUCUCCCUUUAUCAGAUUUUUUUUUCACAAUGAAAACCUGGUUUUGUGACAAUUUUGUCCCUUGUUUUGUUGUAUUUUAUUUUGCAAGUUUUGAUAUUGCUCAACAUUGUGGUUGCAAUGUAGUUCAGAAGUUGAAAUUUCAAAACUACUAAAUGUGAUUGCAUCAAAUGCAACUUGUAAUGUAUAAAUUGUUGGUUAACUAUGCUAUGUUAAGAUUGGCCUUUUAAGGAUCUUAAGCUCAAGUUACGACUGAAUUUUGUACCUUAUGAAUAAUGAUAGUAAGAAAAUGGAACCUUUUAAUUAAAAGGCCCUUUUCACGUUUUGGUAAAUUGACAAAAUUGGAAAAACGUGUUUCAGAUUCGCAAAUUUUUGUUUAUGUUAUGAUAUUUGUGAGGAAACAGUAAUACUGAACAUUUACCAUACUCUAAAAUAGUCAUUAUAUGCAUCUUUUGACGAUUAAAAACCCCGAAAAUUAUAAAGUGUUCCAACGCGAAACAAAUUAAUAAUUUGGAGAGUUCUGUUGUUGUCGCUAUAUUUUGUGAAACUACGAGGAUUGGUAAUAUGAAGUAUACAAUACACCUGUCAUUGUAUUCGGAAGGAUGGCCGAGUGGUCUAAGUGGGAGACUUUACUCCAGGGGUCAAUGGUCCGAGCCCUGCUGUGGGUUACCUUUUUUUAAAUUUUAUUCUUGAUUUUUAAUUUUUAACAGGAGCUUUUUAUAUAUGUAAACAUUUAUCAAUAUAAAGCAUUUAAUGACAAACUUCAAAGCAUGCCAAAAUCUGUGAAAAGGCCCCUUUAAAAAUGUUUGUGCAAUUAAUUGAGUUACUUUCUGGGAAAACAGUGCUUAAUGCGUGUGGUUAAAGUGUUAUCAAAGAUGAGCCUGUCCAGUCUGCACAGGCUGAUCACGGACGACACUCUCCUUUUUUAUGGUAUUUUUUUGUUUAAAGAAACUCUUUUUAGUGAAAACUCACUGUAAGCAAAAAGUGUUGUCCCUGAUUAUCUUGUGCAGACUGCACACGCUAAUCUGGGACGACACAUGACGCACCAGCAUUUAGCCCAGUUGUCCCAGAACGUUACUCAAAUAAUCAUAGAUUUUUAUGCAAUUAAUUUAUGUUUCGUCAAAAAAAAUGAGGCAUAUCAGAAAUUUGUCUCAAGAUGUUUUGUAAGAAGGGCCCAUGGUUAACAAAGAUGAUAGCAGUUAAUUGAAUGUUACCAUGACAAAUAUCUUAAUCAAUUUACAAAAUUUGUCUCAGAUUCAGAUUGCUUGCAGCACAUGUUUAAUAUUGUUAUGUACCAUUUUGAUUGGUUCAAGUGACUCUUAAAGAUGUCUUUGGAAUACAUGACUUUACUGGCAUCUUUGUUGUUCUCUUUUGCGACAAUUUGCUGUCAAAAAUAUGUUAUGGUAUUCUGUUUUGUUUUUACCUAAAUGCAUGCUACUGAUAAUAUGUUAAGUACCUUUAUCCAGAGAGCAAUUGCCUAUUUCCUAUACCUCACUUGUGAAUGCUUAUUUAUCUUUAUUAUGGUUCCUUUAAUUUUGUAUGCUCAAAUUUGUCUCACAAGAAAGUUGUCCAGAAGUACGGUAGCUUAGAAUGUUGAACAUCCAUAUGAACAUCUUCUUAUGAUUUUCAGCUGUUUUCUUAAAUGCUAUAUUCUUUUACUAAUUAAUUACAUACAAAAUCACUGUUUUUAUUCGCAAGUAUUUGAAGAUGUCUUUGAUUGUAGCAAACUUUUUUUUCAAAAUAUCUGUUGCUAUUAAUUUAAAGGACUUGUUCACAUUUGUUGAUAUUUUUAAGUCCAUAAUUUGUCGUUUUUAUUUAACACUUAAACGCUGAAUUAGUUUAUCAGUUUCAUCGGAUGAUAACCGCCUUAACACAGCGGUUUUAAAUUAUUUGUCGUAUUUUGAUUUCUCGUAUUUCUUUGUGAAUUUGAUAAUAAUCUGAACAGUCUAUACUUAUUUCUUAUGUUGGCCUCAUUGCCAAAAUUGUUUCAUUAUCGAUGCUGCCAAAUAUUAUGUAUGCAUAACAAUGCAUUUAUCUGUCUAUUUUUCUUAAGUGUUCAAAUUCUUUACUUGACGUAUGUAUAUGCCUAUACCUGAUAAACUAGUUUUUUGAAUAAAAAUAUAGAACGAU